CCGCCCCUCGCCGUGGUCUCCCCCGCGACGGAGUCGUGCUCGGUUGGGCUCGUAGCGGGGAGAGAGAUCCCAGAGGUCCCCGAGAUUCUUGCAAGGGACUCGUCGCAACACGGAGAGGUCAACUACAACAACGUCCAGAGAAGCGGCAGAGACACGGCGGUGGAGAGAGACCCCCACCCCACGGCGACUCGUGGAGACUCGGAGAAACUAACGGAGACGCGGGGAGAGCGGGGCGAGGGAGCGCGGGCCUGGUUGCUCCGCGCGGAGCCUGACGUCUUGCCUGAGCGGCCGGCCCGGCAGGGACACGCAGAGGCCCCCUUGUGCGCGGGGGCGGAGACUGCGGGGGAGGAGGUUAAAAGGAAAGGGGGUGAAGGGAGAGGUGGAGUAAGGAGGUGAAUACGGGGGGAGGAGUAAGCCUCUUGAGGAGAGCGAGGCGGAGGAGGAGGAAAGAGGAAGUGCGAAAGACGAGAAAGAAGAAAGGUGAGAGAGCAGAAAGACAAUAGAUAGCGGCAGCCGUGAGAAGGACGAGGUGAAAGCGGAGGAAACGGAAAAAAAGGAGUGAGGAGGUGAAGGAGGAUUUAGGAGGCGUAGGGAAAGAGCAGGAGGAGCAGGAGGAGGAGGAGGAAGAAGAGGAGUGACCAUGGCGGCUAAGGACGGGGCGACGCAAGACAAACACAAGAUCGUGGUGGUCGGCGGUGGCGGCGUGGGCAAGAGCGCGCUCACCAUCCAGUUCAUACAGUCGUACUUCGUCACGGACUACGACCCCACCAUCGAGGACUCGUACACGAAGCAGUGCGUCAUCGACGACCGGGCUGCACGCCUCGACAUCCUCGACACGGCCGGGCAGGAGGAGUUUGGGGCCAUGCGCGAGCAGUACAUGCGGACAGGCGAGGGCUUCCUCCUCGUCUUCUCCAUCACGGAGCGCGGCAGCUUUGAUGAAAUCUACAAAUUCCACCGGCAAAUCCUGCGCGUGAAAGACCGGGACGAGUUCCCCAUGAUCCUCGUCGGCAACAAAGCGGAUCUCGAUCACCAGCGCCAGGUGACGCAGGAGGAGGGACAGCAGCUCGCUCGCUCCCUCAAGAUCCCCUACAUGGAGGCGUCGGCCAAGGUGCGACUCAACGUGGACCAGGCCUUCCACGAACUCGUCAGGGUCAUACGGAAGUUCCAGGUGGACGAGUGCCCGCCUUCCUCGGAGCCGCCCACGAAGGAGUCGACCGAGAACGGCUGCCGCUGCGUCAUCCUCUAACGGCCGGGCGGAGCUCCCGUCCACUCGCCCACUCCUCGCCCAGCUGUCCUCUCACUCGCCCGCACCCCUUCCCAGACACCGACCCCGCCAGUCGACGACGCUGCCACCACUAAGCCGAGCUGCCCCGGCAGCGCCGUGAUGGGAGUAGGGGGUGGGGGAGCGGGAGGCUGGAAGAGUGAGCGGGUGUGGCGCGGGAGCGGGGAAGCGGUCUGUUUUAUGCAAUGCCUUAGAGUGAGGGCCAGGGCCCACAUCAUCCUGCUACCACCGCGCUCGUCGUUUUAAUGAAAACUACUGGGAGUGCAUGCUCCAUUAGCCAUGCCCACCGUGUCCCUAACACGUACCUUCACCGCGCAGAGUAGACGUGUAAGACUUAGUGACCGUUGUAUUAAGCCUAUUGUGUAAUGUCGACCAUUUUGGGGGGGGUAGAGGUGGGGGGUAGGGUAGAGGUGGGGGGGGUGUAAAGAGAACCCAACACGGGUUACUGUCAUUAAACAUCCUCCUAUGCCAAAGUUGUAAUAACUUCUUAAGCCCGCGUACCAGAAGUGCCCGUUUGUGAUGAGGUAUAUAUGGUGAUGUUAACCCACGACAGCAUUUGCUUCCCCGCAUUAGGGUGAAGCGGUGCUCGUGUGGUUCACACACGCACUGCGCUUUUCUCCCAUGCGUCCCAGGUUCUACUCUAGAUCGGAUUUGUUGUCCAUUUGGCCGAAUGGUCAUUUGAACGUGUCUUGAGCCUCCUCCCUGGGUCAAUCUGGCAUAAAAUUAACUGUUGCGGUGGUUGAGCUUCUUCACUGGGGAGACAAAGGUGGCCGUGCAUGUGCGAGUGGUACUGCUCUUACUGGUUCCUCAGCCGUGUUCCCAUGGCAGCCUUAAUAGCUAACAGCACCGUGCCAACAAAGGCAGGGUGGAGGUGGGCUCCUUGUUUUACCCUUAAGCCGUGUACAUCCCCCAUAUGGGCAUCGUCGCGUGUACGGCGCGCUCGCCAACGAUUUACGUGGUAUUGAGACACAGUCGUCAUUGAAGCGAGAAGUCGUACAAACUGAAGGUGACAGGCAACGUGUAGGCGAGACUGCCGGGUGAUUUUGUGGAGGAGAGGUGGCGGGGGUUGUCAAUCUCUCCCCCGCUGUGUAAAAUAUAACGAACAAAAAAAUCAAAAAUCGGUGGAAAAAAAAUUAACGUCAAACUUUAAAAAAAUUAAGUAUAUAGUUGUGACUGCUUGCUAAUGUUAAUUGCAAUAUAUUACCAAAUAGUGUGCCUGAUUGCAUGGUGGAUUUUUUAAAAUGUUUUUUUAUUUUUACUGUUAUCGGUUUUUUUCAAGACUUGCAAGUUCAUUGUAUCGGAACCAGUGGCGUUCGUUCUUAGUACAGAAGGCAGGUGUCGGAUGGGUGCGGUAUUUCAUUAUUUUCUUUUGUGCCUGAAAUAAUGCGACUAAUUUAGCCAUUAACGGUGUAAAUCGACCGAAAGAAGUGUGCGUUUCGGUUCAGAUUCAAAUGACAAGGCAAAAAAAGUUCAAGCAUAAUUCUGUUGCCAAUGGUUUUAUUUCAUUUUCUUAACACUGUUUUAAGUCCAGCAACUACUGUAAUGUCUUUCUGUUUUUAGAGUGUGUUGCCCGAUUUUUACAUUACCCUAUAAAUCUGUCCACCUGCUUCUGCUGUGCUUCAUCAUUGCCUGUUGUUAUUUUAAGGUCGUCCACUGACCUGCCUUUAUAAAGCCGUUUAAAAAAAAAUCUGAAGAAAAAAAUUUGUAAUCCUAUUCCUUAUUUUCAUAUAUAGCCAACAAAACUGGUAUUUUUUAUAUGUUUAUAAGUCCAAUGCUUUCACAAGUAUACGUUUGUGUAUAUGUACAUAAAGGACGAGCAGUGUG